ACACUCAAAAAAAAAACUCACCUACACAAAAUGUCAGAGUGAGAGGAAAGUAUGAACAUUGAAAACCUUUUAACAGAGCCGGUCGACUGCCACGCCCUCUAGUAUGAACCUCCAUUAGAGUGAGAUAACUGCAUGCACCUCUCUUGCUCUUACGUACAUAAAUUGUGGUGGAGAACAGUUGUCAUCUGUCAAAAUUGGAGUUUUUGAGAGGGAUUAAUUGCUAUAUUUCCGGCUGAUCCGCGCAAAAUUCCUGCGUGGGGCAAUGCUGGUGGUGCAAAAGUAGCCAGCGGUGGUGUCUAUUGUGCAGGAGAGUGUGUGGUGUGGUGCAAAAAUGCCAUUGAAAAUUUCCACCAUCGCCAUCUGCCAUUGAAAUUGCAACCCCGAAGUGAGAUAUUUUUUCGCUCGGCAAAAUGUCCUCUGUGGACAUACAAAUUGUGAGCGCACCCAACUUGGAGAAGAUUGAGAACUUCCUCAAUGACUCCACGUACCGGGAGACGAUUGAGUAUAGCGCCAACUUCAACACGAGGCUGUGCCUGGAGAGGAGACUCCGGCUGCCCUUCCUGGAUCCACAGACGGGCGUCGCGCAGAACCACUGUUCGCUGUAUAUGAGUCGGCGGCAGCGGAUGCCGGGAUUCAGGGAGGGGCAGAUCUACACGUACCCUGCGACACGAUGGCGCAAAAGUCGCCGGCAGUACUUGACCAAGAUGUUUAGGCCCUUUGGGGGAUUGCGACGGGUGGAUCCGGUACCACCACCAGAUGCCGAUAGCGACUUCAACGGUACCCUUCUGGAGGAAUCUUCGUCCCUCGGUGGGGCCGACACGAGCGACAGCAAGGACAGCCAGAACCUAAAGGAGGAACUGCCAAAGGACUGGUUCUACGAUGACAUGGACAUGAAUGACUUGGACCAAUUGGAUGAACCCAAGAGUCCCGACGAUGAGUACGACUACGAUCCCCGCUAUGGGAAUAAGAAGAGAAAAAAGCGUGCCAAGCCCGGCCGAAAGCCCAUGACCACACUGCAUCCGGAUGCACCACGCAAGGGUCGACCCCCGGGCGGAGGUGUGGCUGGCGGUGCUCGGGGCCGUGGUCGACGUAAGAAUCCCGCUCCGGCCGCUACAAUGGCCACGGGGAGUGGGGCAACGAGCGGUGGGCGACUCGUGGAGGUACCCAGCCCGCCGACGAUCGAACCGCCGUCGUUUGAGUCCGCCGCCGCUGCGGUCGCAACGACGGACAACAGCAGCCCCAACAGCGAACUCAGAAGCUAUCGGAAGUACCUGUAGGACACGCCCCGGCAGCCGACGUUAUCACAAACGCCACGGGACAAAACACCGUAGUUCGCGAAGAAGCAACCCCUGCUCCCCCUAUGUACAUAUCCUCUUUGAUUCUCUUAUAUAUAUAUUUAAUUCUUAUGCCGGCGCUAUCGAAGUUCACCGGCCCUGUCGCAAUCAUCACAAGAAAAACUUCCUGGUAUAUUUUCCCAAAAAAUUAAAAAGAAAAUCCCCAAUUUCCCAAUUUCUUCCCUUAUCUUUUAUCUCCUUCAACGCCCAUUCCUUUCUUCCCCAUCCUCGAUAUAGCCUUGACAGACCUAAGGCUUAAGUACGUAACUUAAGUCAUAUGUCUCCAAGGACUAUAAACUUGCAUUACUAGACUAUUGUGAGACAUUAAAAAAAACUAUUUAUGGGGUCCACUUGAGUGAACAAAAAAAAACCACACAAGAAAAAAUCACCUGGGACAUUAUUUAUUGUGGAAAAAGGUUUUAAAAAAAUAAAAUUCGAUAUGAUUCUUUCCUUGGAAAUGAUGGAAAAAUUCGCUAUUUUGCAGAAUUGCAAUUUAAACCAAAAUGUAGUGAAUUAUGUAAGUUUGGUAAAAAAUUACAACAAAAAAAUUAAAAUAAAUAUAAAAAAUUUGGAUUCUAAAAAAA